AUGUACACUCCAGCCAUCACCAUCAUGAGCAAGCUUCUUGUCGUCUUUUUUGCCACUGGCCAACAGGGCAGCUCCAUAAUUGACUAUGUCAUCAACGACUCCGCUUUGUCCAAAGUGUACAAGUUGCGUGCCGUUACUCGGGAUCCUUCCAAGCCCGAGGCUCUGGCUCUCCACAAGAGAGGCGUAGAAGUCGUCAAGGGUGACAUGGAUGACAAGGACUCUCUCAAGCAGGCCAUGCACGGAGCACAUACAGUCUUUGCCGCGACGUUAACUGUCUACGAUGAUCAAAUGGAGACUAGGGAGCGUGCUCAGGGGAGGGCCUUGGGAGAUGCGGCAGUUGAAGGGGGCGUUCAGUACUUGAUCUUCAGCACCUUACCUAAUACCACCAAGAUUUCCGACGGCGUCUACACCGUGGCUUCCUUUGAUGUGAAGGCUGAGACGGAGCAGUAUAUUCGUGGCCUGCCUCUCAAGAGUGCUUUCUUUUCUCCUGGAAGCUUUAUGCAGAACUACCUGGGUAUGUUUGCGCCUUAUCCUGUCGGUGACGGGACGUACGCUUUCAGUAACAUCGUGUCGCCUCAAGCUCCGUAUCCCCACAUCGACACCCUUGGCGACACUGGCAAGUACGUAGGAGCUAUCCUUGCUGAACCUGACAAGUAUGAGGGCAAGGUUUUCUCGGCCGCAACCAAGCUCUACACUUUCGAAGAGGCCGCCCAAGUUAUCAGCAAGGUCACCGGAAAAGAUGUCAAGUACAAACAGAUAUCCGUCGAUGACAUCAAGCGCAUGAUGCCGCCUAUUGUUGCGAACAAUGUUGUUCCCAUGAUGAAGUACGCUGAAGAUUUCGGGUACUAUGGUAGCAACACGAUGGAGCUGGUAGAGUGGUCCGCGCAGAAUGCUCGUGGCAAGUUGACAACUCUAGAAGAAUUCUUUGCCAAGAACCCCAUCAAUCUUCAUUAA